GGGUAGCUUUCCUAGAUGUGGCUGGUGCUGCCUCCCUUCCUGCUGCCCGGAGCUCACAUCAUGCAAAGUGGGGAGGGCGUCUCGUCGGACCAGAUUGAGCAGCUACACCGAAGGUUCAGGCAGCUGAGCGGAGACCAGCCCACCAUCCGCAAAGAGAACUUCAGCAACAUCCCUGACCUGGAGCUCAACCCAAUCCGUUCUAAAAUUGUCCGUGCCUUCUUCGACAACAGGAACCUGCGCAAGGGGCCCAGCGGCCUGGCCGACGAGAUCAACUUCGAGGACUUCCUGACCAUCAUGUCCUACUUCCGGCCCAUCGACACCACCCUGGGCGAGGAGCAGGUGGAGCAGUCCCGGAAGGAGAAGCUGAGAUUUCUGUUCCACAUGUACGACUCAGACAGCGAUGGCCGCAUCACCCUGGAAGAAUAUCGAAAUGUGGUGGAGGAACUGCUCUCUGGAAACCCCCACAUCGAGAAGGAGUCCGCGCGCUCCAUCGCCGACGGCGCCAUGAUGGAGGCGGCCAGCGUGUGCGUGGGGCAGAUGGAGCCGGAUCAGGUGUACGAGGGGAUCACCUUCGAGGACUUCCUGAAGAUCUGGCAGGGGAUUGACAUCGAGACCAAGAUGCACGUCCGCUUCCUCAACAUGGAAACGAUUGCCCUUUGCCACUGACCCACUGUCACCUCCUUGAAAAGUGGCCUUUGCUAGGGGGCAGCCUCCGUGUGGCCCAGAGUGGCCGAGGCCUUUUGCUGCAGCCCUGUAAAUAAUCAAUGCUCAUUGGUUCAUCUCAUGUCCUGGCUGGUAUGGUAUGUGGGACUUCGCUGUUUUUAUUUCUAAUAAUAAAAUAAGGUUUGUUAAUGAA